UCAAAGUGUCGGGGUGAUAAAAAUGAAACCAUGAUUACGUAAGAUUUUGGUAGAAUUCAUUGGUCGAAUUGAAGCCGAUCUCGCUACUAUUGAAUAGUAAUGGAGGCACAAAAUCGAUUUUCUGCUAUUUUCUAGGAAGCUUUAUUUUCCGGAAGUCGGAAAAUCCGGACCGCAGCGAUCUCCCGAGAUCUUUCCGGAAGUCCAGAUCUCUCCGGAAAAUCGAAUGUCCGGCAAGGUGCCGACGUUGUCCAUAGGGUUGAGGGGCUGCAGAAUCGAUUUUGUGGCCGGUAGGGCUCGUUGCCCGUACCUCAUAGGGCGCGCGCUGGGACGGGGGUAGGUUGGUAAGGCAUUGGCGUGGGAGACUGCAUCCGCGAAGAAAGGGCGGACGCACAAAAUCGAUUUUGUGGGAGAUCCGCUAAAGCGCAUAGCUGGAUGGAAGCUCUCCCCCCUUGUCCGUCGGCCCGGCGGAUUGCGUGGCGCACCGCCUCGAUAUUGAGCCACGCAGCCGCUCGAUUCGGUCGGACCUGGGAAGCUGCGAAAUCGAUUUUGUGUGGUCGGGCGAUUGUGUGGCCUUCAACAGCGAUUGCGCGACCCACAACGGCGAACCUGUGGCCAGCACAAAGCCGACCUUUUGGACGGCGCUGCGUUCUGGGGGAAUGGAAAAUCGAUUUUGUGCAAUCUGCGGGAUUGCGCGUCUGGAGGAGGGGUUUUGUGCAAUCCGCGCCUGCGGGAUUCGAUUUUGACUUUGAGUGAUUUUGUGUUCUGCCCUUUGUACAUGACCAGUAGACAGAGCAAAGGCAAGACUCUCGAGAAAUAUUAACCACGCGACACAUAGCGGAAAGCAUCCGAGUUGGGUCGCGAAUCUAAGGAACAACUUUACAACCAGAAGGAAGCUGACAACUAGAAGAGAAACAAAAAAAAAAAAAAAGAAGAAGACGGAAGUGGCGGGCAGGGGCAAACGUGGAGGCCUGGCACAGGAGGAAGGCUGUAUCGGAGGGGUAGAAGAAGAAGAGAAAAGCACUAUGUGUAUGACUUGAAAGGUUUUUGCUACGAAUAAAGUUGCCACGCCGAGGAGUUUUCUGGAUGACAGUGUACCUAGGGCGACUGUGGUUCAAAAAAUGUAAAUCUCGAUCUGGGGCACACUUUAGGGGAAUGCUUUCAACAAGACACACAAAUCUGUAAUGCAGACGUCAAAUAAACUUGCACUCAAAAAACAAAACUGCGCUGCUCUUUUCCAGAUCUUAGACGAAAAUACUACUACAACAAAUCGGCUGGGUCAAGGCAGAAGGAAAAGCGUCGACCUCUCGUACUACGACAUCGAUCGCACAAAGAAAAUUUGCUACAGUUCUGCAAGGGCCGUUUUUCGAUAGUUUAAAAAGUGUUUUCGAAUAUUUAGCUCGUGGAAAUUGUCACACAAACUGCCAGGCGGGGUCAUAGCGUGCGCUUAAAGAAUUCACGGUAGGCACGGGUAGAAUAGAUACCACUCGAACCCGUUAGUUGACAGCUCUCGAGUACAUGACCCAAAAGCUAUGAGGUGCAAGAUGGCAGUGAUGAUGAUUUAGAGAUUUGG